GGUCUUGGUAGACAGACAGCAGUCCCUCUACACGUCCAUGAGUUCAUGGAGUAAUAUUCACUACACGAGGGUUGACCGGUCUGUGUAUCCACCCCAACAUAUCAUGUUUAGUUGCUGUUUACCAUUUAAUUAAUUCCUUCUGUAGCCAUCUCCAUCGCCAUAGUGGAUAUGAAAACAUUUAAUGACUGUACAGUUUUUAACUGUUAACGGGGUUGUCUUCCAGAUAAUAACUAUAGCCGUCUGUGAGGAAUGAGUGUUGAUGGGUAAACAUGUCGUCUGUAAUCUUUAUUAAUACGAAGUUGGGCUUAGUUUAAUUUGGCUUCCUUCUGUAAAUAUCAUCUGACCGGAUUUUGUGGGAAAGUUGCCAUAUGAUGAUGAUAUACAGACCCCACGAUGCUCCAAGUGACUACAUAACCUGUGGGAAGUGGUACAGUGCGUGCAGUGGUCGAGUGCAGUUUGUGUUGACGACCACGUACCACGCCGCCGGCUGACGCAACCCUCGGCUUUCGGAGGCAACGGACGCAGACUGGACUGCUACACAGCACGAGGGAGAGCUAACAGAACACGUGUGAGACCCAGCAUGAGAGAGGGAGAGAAAGAGAAGACGAAGGUAGACAUGGGUUGCGGCGAGUCGACAGCCUCUGAUGGCACUGGGACCACAGUCCAGCUCAAACGAAAGAUAUCGCUAAUGAACGGCGUGGCAAUUAUCGUCGGCUCUAUCAUUGGUUCUGGUAUCUUUGUCUCACCCAAAGGUGUUUUGAUGGAAGCCGGUUCGGUGGGGUUGUCGAUUGUAGUGUGGUGUCUGUGUGGAUUGAUCUCUCUUGUUGGGGCUCUUUGCUAUGCUGAGCUGGGCACAACUAUCACAAAAUCGGGAGGAGACUAUGCCUACAUCCUGGAGGCCUUUGGUCCACUCUGUGCUUUCCUACAACUCUGGGUGAAUCUCAUCAUAAUUCGUCCAACUGCACAGGCCAUAGUAGCCUUGACUUUUGCAUAUUACAUGCUGCAACCUGUCUUCCCAUCAUGUCCACCUCCUGAAGCUGCUGUCAGACUGUUGGCUGCCCUCUGCAUCAGUCUGCUGACAUUUGUGAAUGUUGUGAGUGUGCGUGCGUCCACCCGUAUCCAGGAUGUUUUCACAAUAGCCAAGCUCAUGGCCCUUCUGAUCAUCAUUGGCACUGGAAUUGUCAUGAUUGGCAUGGGGGAAACAGAAUACUUGGAAAUGGGGAUGGAGUCCACCUCCAGUGAUGUGGGCAAGAUCUCCUUGGCCUUGUAUUCAGGGCUGUUUGCAUAUGCUGGAUGGAACUUUUUGAAUUUUGUGACUGAAGAAAUGGUUGAUCCUUUCCGAAAUCUGCCACGUGCUAUUUACAUCUCCAUACCUCUGGUGACAGCUGUCUAUGUUUUGGCCAAUGUGGCUUACUUCACAGUUAUUUCCCCCCACGAGAUGAUUGCCUCUAAUGCUGUUGCUGUGACAUUCGGCAACAAGCUGUUUGGAGUCAUGGCUUGGAUCAUUCCAAUCUUUGUUGCACUGUCCACUUUUGGAGGAGUCAAUAGCCUGCUGUUCACAUCAGGAAGAUUAUUUUUUGUGGGAGCAAGGCAAGGUCAUUUGCCAGACUUGCUGGCCAUGAUAAGCAUUCGACACCUCACACCUAUGCCGGCUAUGAUGUUCACGGGUGCCAUGUCUAUCUUGAUGCUUGUCUCCAACAACAUCUUCGCACUCAUCAACUACCUCAGUUUUGUUCAGUGGCUUUCGGUCGGAACCUCUGUCCUAGGGAUGGUGUACUUGCGUUUCAAGAAACCAGAUAUGCCUCGUCCCAUCAAGUUCCCUAUGGUGGUGCCAUUCACAUUUCUGGUUGUGGUGGUAUUUCUGCUGGUAACUCCUCUGUUUGCGGCACCACAUGAUACUGGUAUGGGAGUACUUAUAACCUGCUCAGGAAUUCCUGUCUACGUUUUGGGUAUUGUCUGGAAGAACAAACCCAGAACCUUCAGGAACCUUCAAGACAAAGUGACCCUUCUAGGUCAGAAGGUGAUGAACGUUGUUGCAGAACAUUCUUGAUUAAAUAAUAAUGAGCACUCAGAGCAAAGGAGAUGAUCACAGAACUGUUUGUGGUAUUCCAGCUUGUAUGCCACUCCAAACCGCUUGCUUGCCCGGAUCCUGCAUAGCUUCUUUUACUGGAAGACUAUGGGGCUUUGUGUUGGUGGCGUCAUUAGCUGCUUCACAACAGUUUUUAAUUAGCUCUGUCCUGCAGCCCUGUUGACUGUGUGCAUAUGUUACACCACUGCCAUGUUUUUAAACUGCUUGGUGAGGGUCAACUUCGCAUCUAUUGCAGUACUGAGCAUGAACUUACGGACAUAAACUUACAAAUCAUGAUGACAUCAGUGAUAGCAAUGAGGAUCCUUCAUUGCCACACAGAGAAGUUAAACACCCAAACUAGAUGACAUGAUGACAACAGAGGGUAAUCCUUUGUAAUGUAUGUCAUGAAUGAAUCAGUGGGAACAAAAAUAAUCAAACAUGGAAGGCGAGAGGAGGAUAGGAAACAAAGAUGUCCUGCCUGUAGGUGCAGAUGCAGCUUAUCGAAGGGCAAAUGCCUUGGCUUUCCACUCAGCUUCAUGAAGGAACAGACAUCUUGGCUCUCCUGUCAGCGGAUUCCUGAAAAGCCAGAUUUGUCAAGCCCUCCUAUUUUCAGUUUUGAAAAGAAAUGUCUUAGGUUUCCUGUCAUCCACUUUGCAAAGGUAAAUAACUCAGUUUUCUUGUUGUCAGCAUCACAGAGAGACAAAUGUCCUGUCCAACUUCACAAAGGGACAAAUACAUCAGAUGUCUGCAGUUUCAUGAAGGAAAUACUCUUAGCUUCAUCUAAACUGACUAAAGCCAUGGUUGGUGAUUGACAAUUAGAAUGGAUGUAGUAGGUAGGACAAAGGACAACUGUAUUUUACUGAAGACAAGAAAAUGGGAAUUAUUUCUUCCUUGUUGUACACCUGGUCAGGAUGGCAUUGAUGUGUGGGUAGGGUAAGGAGUAGAGGUUUGUUUUUUUUUUUUUUUUCGUUUUGUUAUAAGAGAAAUGUAUAUGCGUAUUCACUGCCUUCAAGCAAUUUUUUUUCUGAGGGAAAUGUCACUUGUUAGCUGUAAGGAAAAUGAAGCCACAAAGGACAAAAAAAUGUUAGAUCAAAAGCAAAACAAAAAAAAUAAAAUGAUCUGAGGGUUGGGGAAGAAGAGGGGGAAAUGAGCUGGCCAGUUAUCAGCUUCUUGUAAGAAUGGACAUCUCAAGAUCUGUUUUUUGUUGUUGUUGUACUCGAGUUUUAUUCGAUUGCUAUUGUUUUGUGACCAACACAAGAUUUUUGAUAGUGGUGAGCAGAAUUUUAAAUGAUUGAGAAAAAAAUGAAUGUAAAAUUCGAGAGGUUUUGCAGAAAAGAUGUGUUGAAAAUGUCAGAAUGUUACCUGUUAAUGCAUUCUGUUUGCUGUCAGUAGCUGUAUAUGGAGUCAAUAGCCAAUGAAUGAGUUUCAUCAUUUAUUUUUAUGAUGUUGUCAAUCUUCAUUUUUUUAGAGGCUUUUUUUUUAAAAAUGUGUGCUCCAAAUUGUUUGCUUUUAUGAUCUCUGAUCAGUAUUAUGGCAUUUUUUCCCCCACUACUUGUUUCGUAAUGCAACAUUUUAAUGGUCAAAUCAAUGGCCUGUUUGAUAUUUGCCAUAUUGACCCAAUUUUUACAUAAGCUGUAGCAUCACUGAAAGAAUUUCAGUAAGAGUUCUGUCUCCAAGUCUGGCUUUGGUUUCACAUUACUUCAAACAGUUAAUAUUGUUGGACCAUAUCUUCUGAUGGAAAGGCAGCCUGGUUACUAUUGCUUUUUGGUUUUGGUACAGUAUCACUAAAUGAAAGAUGUCAUUUUCAUGUUUUGAAUUUAUCUCUGUAGCAUUGCUUCAAGACACCUUGAAAUGGAAGUGUUAGCUAUCAAGAUCUGUUUUACCAGUUUGGCAGGCAGUUUCUAGUGCCUCUGGCCAGCCAGCACAGGUAAUAGAUAUGAUCAGCUAAAGGGUUUGCUUAAUGUUUUAAACAACAUACUUCAUGAGCAUGUUGCUAGGCUGCGUAUGAAUACCCUUCUAACGAGCAUGUAUACACAGAUGCCACAGUGACUAAAGAUAGUUGCAUAUUUUUGUGCAGCAUUCUGAUGUGGGUAUAAAGGCUUCACUUACAGCGUCUUUAUGGUCAAUGCAUCUACUGAAAAUAUAUUAUUAGCUAUUGUUUGCCUCACGUCUUCUCAGCAGUAGGUAAUGAGUUCCCAGAUGAAUUAUGCCUGUGCAAAAUCCCUGAUUUUUUAUUUUUAACUUUCUGUAGGUUAUGGGCUGGAAAAUUUUGUGCUUAAAAUGUUGUCCUGAAUUUUUCCCUUUAUUGGGUACAGUAGUUUGCAUCAUACAUUUUUGAACCAGCUAAAUAAAGUAGUGAACUAAUAAAGCUGUUUAUUUAUUUUUGUGUCUGUUUAUGACAAGGGCACAUGAAUAAAGGUUGGUUCACCAAAUUGCAUCAAAGUGAUGUCAUACUAUGCCACAAUGCAUUAAAAGAGUUCACCUUUACAUGCUCUUACUUUGAUUUACAAACUUUUUGGCAGGGAGGGGGAUGUGCACUAUGAAGAAAUUAAAAUUUUGAAGAGUACAACAGAGUACAUGAAUUCACAAACAAAUUUAUUUUUUCUUUGUACCGCAUGGAAUGUCUUUACAAAUUAAAAAAAAGGGCUGAAAAAUAUAUUUUUUUAAUUUUCACCAUUUUCCCCGAAACUACACUUCUUACCACUCCAAUAACAGAAGCAUACAAUGUCUAGUAAUGAGUUAAUCUCAAGGACACAAGCCUUGUUGACACACUGCAUUAAAAAAAAAAA